GCGCGCCUCCGUCGGAUCUCCUCUUCCUACCGUCACACCCACUGCUCGGUGUUGUGGGUUCACCCCGUUGAGAAAGGGGAGGACCGACGGCUCGCAGCAGCAAGCAGCAGAGAGUGCUGCAGUGUACGAGCGCAGCGGGGGGACUCGGAAGGCGAAGACAGGGGAAAAAAAAAAAAAAACACCCACAUAUCAGCAACCUUUACUGCCGAAACUUGGUCUAUGGAGAGAUCUGCAGCAGCGCCGUAGCGACGCAGGCCGACAUGGAAGAGUAUCUGCGGAGGGUCCAGGGCAGACUCGGGGCAGAUGUAUCGGAGGGUCCCGUUCAUGCCGUCCUAGGUGGACCAGAGCCAGAUGUUGACACUGUGGCCGCAACACUGUGCUUGGCACUUCACCUCAGCCAGAAGGAGCCGUCAGGUGGAGUGUGUGUGCCGGUGCUGUGCGGCCAACGAUGUGGCACCGUGUUACCUGAGGAGACCGUGGAGUAUCUGCGGAGUGUAAAAAUCUGUGAGAGCCUGCUCCUUUGGAUGGAAGAUGUGGAUCUCGUGAAGCUCCAUCACGCUGGAAGGCUCUCGCUCACGCUGCUGAGAGACGGCCUGCUAGACAGCUCUGAGUACCACACUUUGGAGUCCAGCGUACUGCAAGUGGUCCAUCACGAUGGGCAGCGGGACGCGGGGGAUGAUGGGGCAUUGUCCGCCGUGACGACAGUCACCAAAGAGAUUCUUCAAGAGGCAGCGGAGCACAUCAGAGCAGCGCUGGGGGAGAUUCUUGGAGAGGCCUUGCGGUUGCAAAGGGAUGCUUUCUGGGUGAAACAUGGCCGCCGGUCAGCACAGCUGGAGGAGCUUGUGAGAUCCAUGGAGCAAUGGAGUGAUGUCACUGUUGGUCAACAGGGUGAAUCAAAGCUACAAGACUUGAUGCAGCGGCUGACUGUGGAGCUGAAGGAGUUUUCUGAUGGAGAGAUGACCAUAGCACUCACUUCACUGACCACAGAUAAAGAGGACUGGCAUGGUUAUGUGGAUGGGCUGAAAUCGUUCAGCCAUUGCCAUGGCUACGAUGGUCUUGUGGUUCUCUUGUCCAUCAAUGAUUCAGUUCAUCAUCCCCGCCAGCAGGUGGCUGUCUACUCAAACAAUACAGAUUUCCUAAACCAGAUCUGCUCUGAGCUGGAGGAGUCUUCCAGCUGGUCUCUUUCUGGCGAACUGGAGACUAGAGAGAGUCUCCAAGUGUACCACAUUCCUUUAAACACAUCCGCAUCCUCUGGUACCUCUCCGCUGCUCGAAGAAGAGAUCCGGGGCCUCCUCAAGGAUUUUGUCGAUCAACGAAGUUCUGUAUUAGCCUGCCACCCCAGCAGUAGGACAUCUUCCACAGAGGGAGUAGCAGGCAGCGUGGAGUACUCCCAGGGAUCAUCUGGUAUCAAUGACAUGGAUGGUUCUGAUAUAGAGAGAACCGACGGAGGCAAUGGAGAUGUGGUAGCAAUAGCAAGGGUGAUUGCAGAUGGUGAGGAGGACACAGGAGUCAUCACUGGAGGGGAGCUAGUUAGCCCCGACAGUGGUAUGACCACCAUUCGUAGCAGCCGGUCAUCCAAAGAGAGUUCAGUGUUCCUUAGUGAUGACAGUCCAGUCGGUGAGGUCAUUGCAGCUGGAGGUCCAGCAGUGGGACCUGGAGGGCUCCUGAGAGGCCUCUCUCCACUGGGGUUGUUAUCACUCUCACCUCCUGUGCCACCUGAGAGGAGGAAGCACCGCUCCCACAGAAAUAGGAGUGACAACUUUGACCUAUUUAGUUUCGACCCACUACAUAGCAGUGAGCACUCUGUGUCAGCAGGAGGGGAAUUGGCAACUUCUGGAGAGAGAGGAGAUGAAGGCAAAAGUAGGGCAGGGAGUUCUAGCUUAUCCGAAAUUGACGAACUCAGCUUACUGGAUUUCUCUACUCCCAAUUCACUGGGAGGGAUUGAAAGUGGAAAUUUGUCCAUGGACCAGCAUGGUCAAAUCCAUGGAAAUGAGAUGAUUGACACUGUGGUUCCUCCAACCCCAGUCAAUAGCUUGGUAGGCAGCCGCCCACCCAGCAGUUGUGGAGUCAGGUUCUUCCCAGAAGAUGUCGUUGAAAGAAUCAAUGGCCUGCAGCACAAAGACAGCGUGUCAUCAUCCUUGUCAGAGACCUGGGAUGAGCUCGGCUUUGAGACACACGGAGGAUUCUCCUCCAGUGAUAUAAAUAAUGUCUGGAGUAGAGCCAAAGACUCUGAAAGCCCACCGAAUAUUGUGGAAGUAGUUAGAGGUAAAGACUCAGAUGGUGACAUGACAGAAAAGGAAAGCAGGGAAGAAAUCUUAAAGUCAGAUAAUGCCCACCACAGGGCAAAGUGUAUUGAACCCCAGCUCAGUCUGAUUACUGAACAAACUGAAUCAUAUGACAAUUGGAAUACAGAGGCUGUACUUCGCGAUCAGUGGAACCCAGUUACCUUUGCUGAUCUUCAGUUGACACCACCAGAGGAUGAAGUAAACGUAAAAUCCAAAGCUGAUGUCAGUAGAUCAAAAGAAAGAAUGUCAUCUUUGUCAAAAAAGAAAACAAUCCUCAGUACUUUAACACCAGACACAUCUAAAGAAGACGAUGAAGGGGUCCAAGUGAAAAAAGGAGAUCAACGGACAGAGGUAUUGGACUUUUGGACAUACUCAGCCCAGAAGGGAUUUCUCAAAUCUGAUAGCGGAACCACCACAUCUUAUCCUGAAUCACUAGAUAUGUGGAAUAUGACAAUACGGGAUGACAGUCUAUCGCCUCUCACAACCCCUGACAACUUGUCUGAUAACUCAGGUUCCUUCUGUGGACUAAACCCCAAUAUUAGGAGUGGCACGUCUGUAGAAAGUCCGGUAGGAUACUCUGAUGGUGGAAUGGAGAUGUGGAACACCACUAUACGGGAAGAUAGCUCUUCCACAAUUGCAAGCCCAGAAGGUCCUGAUAAUGGAAAAGACUUAAGUCACAUGGGAUCACAGGAUGUCAGUGAUCCUCAUGAGACACACGCAAGCAAAGAGGCAGGAGAAGAGGAAGUGGUUACGUGGCAGUGGGAAGUGCCAGAGAGUACUAUGCAAGAAGUACUUAUUGAGACAUCAGAAGAAGCUGGAUGGAUAGGUAAUGAACACAAUGUGAAAAUUGUCAUAGAGGCGGCAGAAGGUACACAAAGUGAAGAAACAGGGGACGAUGAUAUGCAGGGUGUUCAGAGCAAACCAUCUUUCUUGCAGGACUCAGCAUCAAAAUGCCUAGAGGAUGAUGCUUCCCCUUACCAAGACACUGACAGCUGGGAUUUAUCUGUCCAUGGCAUGGUCACCUCCACCUCUGAAUAUGACAAUGUAGGAGCUGGAGAAUGGAGUUUGACAUCCUCACCAGACACCCACAGCAGCCCUGUCGUAGACAUGAUCCAGCUAGAGGGGCAGUCUAGCCCUUUUAUAGCUGUGUCCAAACCUGUUCAGGUAGUUGAGAGAAACAAUCAUAACCAGGGGGUAGAGAGUCUGAGUAAGACUGAACACAGAGCAGAGAUUUCAGAUGAAGAACAGCCAGCCAACCAGGUAUUCCUGUUUGAGGAAACUGCUGAGUUGGGUCGUAUGACAAGGAGUUGGGAAAGUUUGUUGGAGAGCAAGUAUGAAAACAAAAGAAGAGAAGGAUCAGGAUCAGAGGAGGCUGAGUGGAUAGAGCAGCACAGUGAUCAUUCCCCAUUUCUUCUGGUAGACUGCUCCACUGCCAUGCAACAAAUUUCCAAAAGUCCAGAAGAAGCUGCCGAAACUCAAAUCAAAAGUAACCAGCUAUUAUCACCAAGCUGUGUGAGCUGGGACGGUCAGUCAGCUUCAUCAUCACACGGUGUAUCAAUAAAAAUGUCAGACAAAGAAGAUGAGCCUGCUGUUGAAAGCCAAAGGGAAGUUAAUAACAAGAGCAAUGGAAGUAUGGAUCAUAAAGUAACAGAAGCUACAUCCCUGAGCUCCAGUCCUGGGGUGGAGAAAGAAACAUUGAAUAGCCCUGACAGCCUUUGCACAGGCAGUCAGGAUAAAUUAGGGUCUAGUUCUGAUUCAUUCUCAGGUCCAGAAAUGGAAUACAUAAUUGUAUCUGGAACAGUAAAAGAAGCCAAAAGAGAGUGGAAUGAUAGGCCUAAACCGAGUGACAGGCCAUCGAAAGGAACCAAACGGACCAUAGAGACAUUUGGUAUGCUGGCCUAUGCUGCUAAAGUACUGCAAACUCAGGUCCAGAGUGGGCAUCAAGAUCACAAGGACACGCCGCAAAGCAGGCCAACCCAAAUCAGAGGAAUUGAGAAUGUACUUAGAGCAGAUUCAGAACAAAAUCAAGCUCCGUCGUCCACUCAUUACCAAGCAAGCCUUGAUAAUGCCAAUGAGUAUCACAUGGUGCCAGAAGUGAUCAGUGACAACAUAUCAAAAAAUAACUCUGAAGCUUUGCAUCAGUCCGAUUCAAAGCCAACAGGUUGCAAUCAAACACAGGUUGAAGACAAUGAUAGUGAAUCAAGUAUCGUGACCCGAAGCGCAUCACCAUCACUGAGAUAUCCAUCAGAUCACUUCCUGAAAACCAGAGAGGAAGUGUAUGUUCACUCACAGAUCUCGAUGGAAGAUUCAGAUGAGGGUGGGCAGUCACCAACUGUACCUCCGCCAUGUCCUACUUCGUUGGGUGACUUUCAUAUUUGGGGCAACCAGUUAGUGCAACAGGAGACUUCUCAAACCACAUCUGAACCACAAUCCCCUGGCCUCACCAACAGUUCAGCCUCCCACACCAGCUCUCUGAUUGGCACGCCAGUCAGUGAAGGGUGUAUUUCUACUGACAAAGGGCUUGCAUUACCAUUUUCUGGAGACUUAAUGGAAGAGGAGAAUGGUGAGGAAGAACAAGAUGAGGAAACUGAUAGCUUCCCAAUACAGUCAAGACCAAUUGAUCUGCUGAGUUUUACGGACGACCUGAUUGGGGCUUCUCCAUGUCAGCAAACAGAUUCACAAACACUUGAGCCAAAAAGGGAUGAGCAUAUACAGGAAAGAGUGGAUUACUGUGAUUUACAACAAAUGGGGAUUGAUAGCCGUGAUGGACAUGAUAACUGGACUAGUGAACAACUGACUGGAGACCAUGAACUAAGUAGUUAUUCACCUGCUCUAAGAAGACACCAAGACGUGAUAUCACAGCUGUCACCCCAGCCAACCAACGAAAAUGCUGCAUACCAGUGGACAGGAAGUCAGAACACACCUCAGGGUCAAACCCAGUACGGUUACAACUACCACCACAUUGACCAAAGAACUGAAAACCAGUGUGCAUACCCAGCCUGCGCAGAUGCCAAAUCCAGUGGUCAGCAGACUCACACAGAUGUCUAUGCUGAAUUUACAACUGAUGCCACAGCUAUACAGUAUAGAUCCGAGCAGUCAGAGGACUACUUUGAAGCCGGAGUUAAUGCAAAGUACAGCUUGGAUGAUGCAGGCUUCAGUCGUCAGUAUGUAGCUGACGGCCACUAUGUAGGUGACCCCAGUUCUGUAUGUACCUCUGAACUCCAGUACUCUCAGUAUCAAACUGACGGUCAGAGUCCAUAUGAGUGCGACCGCGGUCAAUCUCAGUUUGCCGGACAGCCAUUCUACCAAUCAGAUGUCCAUUCUGAGACUGAAGAUCAUGCACGAUAUGUGACCGAGGGAUAUGUUAACUUCCUCCUGUCAAGACAUUCCCAACAAGGAGGGAUGAUGCUGAAGAUGGCCUCCAGUGAGGAAGCUGCUGAGGAGAUGGAAGGCAGAGAAGACCAACUCUCCUCAGCAGAUGCAUCAGGCGGCUCUAAUCAGAGGAGGAAGUUGGCGGCUCCACCACUGGACGUUUCACUGGACCGCAGUGAGGGGUCUCUCCUCUCAGAAGAUGCCCUGGAUACAGAGGACGAGGCCUUGGACACUGGGGAUGACCUGGAUGUCAACAUAGAUGACUUGGACACUCCGGAUGAGGCUGAUUCCCUGGAUUUCAACAGACAUGGGGACUCAGAUGAGUCUAAUUUAGGUGCAGGAGCGGCGUCGAGUGCCACAGGCCACAGAGCAGCUGAGGAGAGCAGGGACAGCAGGCUGUGGAGGAGCGUGGUGAUUGGAGAGCAGGAGCAUCGCAUCGACAUGAAGUGCAUUGAGCCGUACAGAAGAGUCAUUUCUCACGGAGGUUAUUAUGCUGAGAAGAAUGCCAUCAUAGUGUUUGCAGCAUGUUUCUUACCAGACAGCGACUGUGACAAUUACAAUUAUGUCAUGGAAAACCUUUUUCUGUAUGUAAUAAGUACCUUGGAACUAAUGGUAGCAGAGGAUUACAUGAUUGUUUACCUGAAUGGGGCCACACCUCGCAGGAGGAUGCCAGGAUUUACUUGGAUGAAGAGGUGCUACCAAAUGAUAGACAGAAGACUGAAGAAAAACCUGAAGAUGUUCAUCAUUGUUCACCCUUCCUGGUUCAUACGGACUUUACUCGGAAUCACCAGACCCUUCAUAAGCUCCAAGUUCAGCAGUAAAAUCAAGUAUGUGAACAGUCUGCGAGAGCUUGGAGAAAUUAUCCCAAUGGAGUACGUCCACAUUCCACCCAGCAUCAUCAAGUAUGACGAGGAGAGGGGUAUACACAAAUUUGCAUGUCUGAGACUGGAUACAGACUUGCAGGACACAGCAGCUAAGUAAGUGAGUCGACAAGGGGAACUCGGCUGUUUGACAAGAUCCCUGGCUGAUGCCUGUCUUCUCCAUGCAUAUUGCUGUACUCUACUACAGCAUGUCUGAAUAUGAAAGUCAGCGUGCAGCAUGGCACGUACAGCAAAUAGUUGUUAGGGCAACAACUAGCAGUGGGUCAGGCAACUUCUCUUUCAUGAAGGAAAAUGAAAAUGUGAGGGUGCUAUAUAGACAGUACUCUUGUUUGUAUUGCAGAGACCGCCACUGUGCUGAAAGGAGGGUGCUCUUACAUUAGGUUUAGUUUCUUUUGCCUUUCAUUUGAGCUAUUAAUAUUAAUAUGUAACAGAUUUUAUGGGUAUCGUUGAAUUUCCUCACUGACUUAUUGCAUUUAUGUAUUCAUAAAAUGAAUGUAUUAAUAAUUAACCCAUCAUAUUGCUAAAUAUUAAGUUUGUAAAGGCAAUGUAAGGUGCAUCAUGCAUUUAACAUAUAACCAAAUACAAGCCAACGGAAGACAUAUUCAACUGCGUGUUCUCGCAAGUUAACAUUUGUGGACGAUACUGUAAUGUAGCUCUGUCAAUAGACUGUAAUGUUGAGUGAAUCUCUAUUUAGACUACAAUUUAAGGUCAUCAAGGUUUACAACACUUUAUUCCAUACACAAAAUGAUACAAACAUCUUUGUACUUUACAAGCCUUACUGUACAGGCAGGACACAGUGGCCGAGCUAUUUGUGAAGAGUUUACAAAGGUGCAGACGCCACCUGUCACAGUGAGGUUUAACAUUGUGUCACAAUAUCGUUCAGUGCCUCGUCCAAUCUUUUUAAAAGAAAAAAAAGCUGUCAGUAGUCCUUAUGUGUCACUGUGAAAAUAAAGCAACUUGAUAUAAGUUAGCAAAAAAAGCUGAUAUCAGCAGCUGCAGUAAUAUGUUGCAUGCUUUCAGUUGUUGAAGUGUACUCAGAUCUAAUUACUCACCCUAACGCAGAAUAGUGCGCUGUUAUAAUAAUAUUUAAAGAUGGUUCAUCUGAAUUGUGUGUGAGAAAAAGAGAGGCUGUUUGGAAGUGGAGAGGAAAUAAGGCGAUAGUGUAUGUUACAAUGACAGGGCACGGGCUAGAAGGUGUCCACCUCGCAGUUUUGGGCACGUCUGUUUUUGUUUCUUUAUAUUUGUACAUGUUUGUUCGUGGCUGGCAUAGUAUUUAUUUGCUGUAAAAUAUGUAAAAUGAUUCACUUCAUUAAAAUGUGUUCCUCCCAA